UUCAACUUCUGGGGUCCCUGCACAGUUUCCCUCCACUUUCUCUUCUCUGCGUCCAGGUCGGAUCACUCCCAGAAACUCCUCUCCUCUCUCGGAUGGGAACCCAAUUAGCGGCGAAAGCGAAGGAUGCCUUCUUGGACGACGACUUCCAAUUGGCCAUUGAUCUAUACGCUCAGGCCAUUGCCUUCAACCCCGACGACGCCGAUCUUUACGCCGACCGAGCACAGGCUCGUCUCAAACUCGACUAUUUCACCGAAGCGGUUGCGGAUGCAAACAAGGCAAUAGAAUUAGAUGCUUCAAUGGCUAAGGCUUAUCUGCGUAAAGGGAUUGCGUGUAUAAAGCUCGGUGAAUAUCGUAAUGCUAAGGUAUCUCUUGAGAAAGGCGCAUCUUUGGCACAGAACGAUUCGAGAUUCACCAAGUUGAUUGAAGAAUGCGAUCAGCGCAUAGCAGAGGAAGCUAAUGAUCCAGCGGAGAGCUUGACACCAGAUGCGUCACCAACUACGACAACGGCUUCUACUGCAUGUGAAUUAUCUGAUGCAGCUAUUGGAACUCUUGAAGAAGCUAAGAAAGCAUUUGACAUGUCCCAUCCGAUGAGCACUUCAGUCAGACCAAAAUACAGACAUGAAUAUUACCAGAAGCCAGAGGAAGUCGUUGUUACAAUAUUUGCAAAGGGCAUACCGGCCAACAAUGUGGCUGUCGAGUUUGGAGAACAGAUCCUAAGUGUCACCAUUGAUGUCCCUGGUGAAGAUGCUUAUAAUUUUCAACCUCGGUUAUUUGGGAAGAUAGUACCUGAGAAAUGUCGAUACGAUGUACUGUCAACUAAAGUUGAAAUCCGUCUCGUGAAAGCUGAAGGUAUCAACUGGUCAUCGCUUGAAUAUAGCAAGGAAAUUGCAGUAACUCAAAAAGUAAAUGUCUCGUCAGUUGGAUCUCAAAGGCCUGCAUAUCCAUCUUCAAUGCCAAGGAAAAAAGAUUGGGAUAAGUUGGUGGUGCUAGUGAAGAAAGAGGAGAAAGAAGAGAAGCUAGAUGGUGAUGCCGCUGUAAACAAGCUGUUCCGAGAAAUUUACCAAAAUGCAGAUGAGGACAUGAGGAGAGCUAUGAGCAAAUCUUUUAUAGAAUCGAAUGGGACAGUGCUGUCAACAGACUGGAAAGAAGUGGGUUCAAAAAAGGUUGAAGGCAGCCCACCUGAAGGUAUGGAGAUGAAGAAAUGGGAGUAUUAAUGCAAGUGGUGCCAACUAAAAUUCUAAGCCUACCCAACCCUGCUGAUGUGCUGCAUCAGUAUGGAGUAAGAAUCCGUAAGCGAGCGUGACUGCAAGAUCCUUUUGUUUUUUUUGGGUUCAUAAAUCAACCUUUAUUUUUUAUUUUUGGCCUUCUAUCAGCAUCUAUGAAAUUUUUUCAAUAGAAUCCAUUUAGAGCGAGGAACCUUGAUUUACAUAAUUCA